UUUUUUUUUAAAUAGAGCUGUUCCAUCUGCUGUGUUUUCUCAGCCUCCAAUUGGACAAGUUGGUCUUACGGAAGAACAGGCUAAAAAAGAGUAUGGUGAUAUUGAUGUCUUCACAGCUAAUUUCAGGCCUUUGAAGGCUACUCUCUCAGGGCUUCCAGAUCGGGUCUUCAUGAAACUAAUAGUCUGUGCUAAGACAAACAAAGUUCUUGGGUUGAACAUGUGUGGAGAAGAUUCACCUGAAAUCGUGCAGGGAUUUGCAGUUGCAAUCAAAGCUGGCUUGACCAAGGCAGACUUUGAUUCCACAGUGGGUAUUCACCCAACAGCAGCUGAGGAAUUUGUUACAAUGAGGACUCCUAGUAGAAAGAUUCGAGAGCAUCCUGCAGCUGAGGGGAAGGCAGGUCACGAUGUUAAAGCAGCAGCAGGGGUUUAGCGUGGGUUUACUUCGUCAUGAUAGCCCUUUCAAGGCAGUCACUCCGGAAAAUAGCUGGCAAAAUAUCUGCUUGUAGAGUAGCCAAGGAAUGUUCGGAUGUUGAUAUCGGAUUACAGGCAUCAUUUGAAGCGUAAAUGGUGGAAGUUCAUGUUGGGGUCAUUGGUGAACAUAAGCAAACCAUUAAAGAGCUUUCCAAAGGAAUAAUAAUAAUCAUAAGGCAUUGUAAUUUUUGCUCUUACAAAUGUGGAAAUGAGUGGGGAAUUGCAAUAAUAUGCAUGUUAGGAAUAUCUGUUUCCCUGUU